AUGGGCAUCUUCUCGGUCAAGAUCCCGCUCCUCGAAGUGAGCAAAGAAGCCCACAAGGUAGCCCAAGUGUGGGUCCAACGCCAGUCUCCGAGUCUCGAAGUGGACGUGGACAACGACACCUACACCGAAAACCACAACAGGCUCGCGAUGCGCCGCUUCAAUCCCCGCCGCGACAUCGUGUUCUGCCCGGACGAUAAAUGGAAGGACUUCCUUGGGGAGAUAUGGAACAUAUUCUACGUCCUAUCGAUCGAAGGGCCUGGUCGAUACCCCGAGCACUACAAUCUCAUCCGACGCGUGGCGCUGCCCCAGCAGAUGCUCAUGGAUUCUCGACUUGCUCCGCUCCGGAAAGUCUUCAGCAUGGGUGUCCAGUUGUAG